AUGUGGCGGGAGCGCGGAGAGUCGCGGGCGUGGGGGGAGGGGAGCUGCAGUUUGAGCGGGACGCGGACGCGCUGCGGCUCAGCGGCCGCCGCCCAGCGGAUCUGUCAGCGGGACCCCCCGCCCGGGGCCGGGGCCGGGGCGCGCUGGGGCUCUGCUGGCCGCGGCUCCUUGACAGGAGGCGGGGGACGGGCGCCCCCUCCCCCGCCGUGGGCGAACCGAGCCGUCUUUUAUCGCAGUUUACCCGGCCCGCGGCGGCCGUCUUCCCGUGACAAGAAACUUGAGGUCGGCGGAAAAUUGAGGACCCGGCGUAGCGGGUGCCUCCGGUCAGACACGCGGACAGUCCUCCCCGCGGGACCCAGCCGUGUGUAUUGUCGUCUCUGA